CUGUAACUGUGAUAAUUCCGCUUACAGUCACCAGUCAGCACGGACACGCUUUAGAGCGUAACACUGCUGACAGUACCGCCGUAAACUGACAGAUUCUUCACGACACUUUACGGCAGUUAACGGCUGGGACACCGGAGUUUAAAUCCUGUAAGUGUAGUUGUUGUCAGAGAUAGUUUAACAAAUAAAACAAAGCCAGCAGACUGAAGGUAGUUCUGUUUAAACAGGUUUGAUUAAUCCUGUCUGGGAUCUGCUCGUCUGGUCUGAAAGAGGCUCACACUGAUGUUUGAACCCGGUCAUCGCUGCUCUCAGACUGAAGCAGCUCAGUGACGAUGAACAGACUGACUGUGGGAGAGAAACCGUCUCAGAGCAGGCUGAACCGCUGGGUGGAUCCUUCGUUCUCAGAGUUUCCGGCUGACAGUUUCUCCCGACCCGUGAAGAAGAAAGGCGUUCCUGUCCUAAAAGUGGCGUGUGAACAGAAGAGGAGCAGGAAGAGGAAAGGAGGGAGCUGUGAUGUUUUCCUGACGGCGAGAGGAGAGGAUGAACCCUGGGUGGACCGAUAUGCUCCUAGCUCACAGGCUGAGCUGGCCGUGCACAGGAAGAAGAUUGAAGAGGUGGAGAGUUGGAUGAGAGCUCACACUCACUCCUCACAGCGGGGCGUCCUGCUGCUGACGGGACCCUCCGGCUGUGGGAAGACGGCCACAGUCCGUGUCCUGUCUGAGGAGAUGGGUCUGCGUGUUCAGGAGUGGACCAACCCCACCUCCAUGGAGCCAUACGGUCAGCACGACUGGAGGGCGAGGGACUCAUCAGGCUGGAGGCUGAUGGACUCAACGUACUCGACGUCCCAGGUUACCCAGUUCCAGGACUUCUUGCUCAGAGCCAACAGGUAUUCGUGUCUGAGGAUGAGCGGUGAUGGACGAUCCUCUGACAGGAAGAUCAUUCUGGUGGAGGAUUUUCCAAACCAGUUCUACAGACAGCCAAGCAGCCUGCACGACAUCCUGAGGCGCUUUGUGAAGACGAGUCGCUGUCCUCUGGUGUUCAUCGUGUCUGACAGUCUGAGUGGCGACAGCAGCUCACGUUUCCUGUUUCCUAGAGAGAUCCAGGAGGAGCUGCACAUCAGCAGCAUCAGCUUUAACCCGGUCGCUCCGACCACCAUGAUGAAGGUGCUGACUCGGAUCUCAGCUGUGGAGGUGGGAAAGAGUGGAGGGAGGAUGUGCGUCUCAGACCCGGCCCUGUUAGAGUCUCUGUGCUCAGGAAGCUCCGGUGAUAUCCGCAGCGCCGUUAACAGUCUCCAGUUCUCCUCGCUCCCAGACUCGUCUCUGGAGCACGCUCUGUGGAAGACUAAGAAGGAGCGAACGGCGAGUUCUGCGGGAAAAUCCUCCAGAACGAAGCAGAGGAAGAAGAAAGAAGAAAGGAAGCCGCAGGAGGAGGAGGAGCAGGCCAUCGGAGGGAAGGACGCAUCUCUGUUUCUGUUCAGAGCCCUGGGAAAGAUCCUGCACUGCAAACGAGGCACUGAUGAAGAGGCUGAACCUGCUCCUAGUGUACCUGCUCUCCCGUCUCACCUGUCCCAUCACCAACGAGGACCGUUACUCAUCGACCCUGAGAUGGUGGUGGAGCGCUCUCACAUGUCCGGAGAGUUCUUCAACCUUUACCUCCAUCAGAACUACCUGGACUUCUUCUCUGAGGUCGAUGAUGUGGAGAGGGCCAGCGAGUACCUGUCUGAUGCUGACCUGCUCACCUCUGAUUGGACGAGUCGCAGCACCAUGGGGGGUUACAGCAGCUCUGUGGCCACCAGGGGGCUCCUUCACUCCAACUGUCAGCAGGUCUCUGUUGGUUUCAGACCGCUGCACAAACCUAACUGGCUGCUGGUCCACAAGAAGCACAGAGAGAACUGCCUGGCCGCUCAGUCAUUGUUCAGGAGUUUCUGUCUCUCUCCCAUCAGCCUACAGACUCACCUGCUGCCUCUCCUGGCCAAGCUCUCCAACCCCAUGAGGAACCAAGAUCGCCUUCAUUCAGGACGUGGGUCAGAUGUCUCUGAGGAGGGGCCUUGGCAGAUUAAAACUGGAGGCUCUGACGGACAAAGAUCCAGCUCAGCAGGAGGAAGAGGAGGAGGAGGAGGAGAAGAGCCAGGGUGAUGAAGAUCUGUCAGCCAGUCAGCCCAAAGCUGUGAGCAGUCAGAUCCUCCUGGAGGAGGACGAGCUGCUCAUUGAGGAGUACAACAGUGACUGAACGCACCAUGACCCCGUUUAUACCUCACGUUAACAUCCAUACUGGGGCUCUGGAUUAUUGGUCUCAGCAGAGCUGGUCUCUAGGCUCUGAAACAGAUCCUCAUUUGGUACUGGUUUAGUUUUUCUGUCUUUAAAACAACAAAAACAGUAAAGAGGACAGAGCCCUGAGCUCUGAGAAACGUCACAUCAGGACUGUCCUUGCUGGAGCUGGUGAGGAUGGAGGUGAAUGCCGGCUCCACCCCCUCCAACACUUUCCAACUAUGGCCAAGCUUCACAAACAUUCCAUCCUCUGCCUUUGACGAUGAUCCCAUCCUUUAGAGCUUCUAAAACGUUCCAUCAUUGCUGCUGCAUGCAGGCCAGCCCAGGCCCCCAAUAAUCAUUCCAGUCUAGCCAGUGCCUCUCUAGGUUUAUGGUCUAGAUAGUACACCAGCAGCAUGUUUAUGAUAACACGAGGGAGAAAAGCGGUUAAAGAGGUGCCACUAGCCUCUGAGCUCAUGCCUUGGUAUCCCUGCAUUCUGAUAAGAAUGAGGCUAACUAGCCACCAGCUAAGAGGCUAACAGGGCCUCUUUAACAGCUUUUCUCCUUCAUUUUGUCAUGAAUACACACUGGACACACUGGUCUAUUAUGUGGUAAAUGAUUAUAGUAGGGUACUGGUUAGACUGGAAUGGCACCACAAAAGGACUGGUGAGGCUGGAGAAACUCCAACUAGCCAUGGAAACAGUGUUUGGGCUUUGAUUGGUUUGGUGAGUUACGGCGUCACUAAGGUGAGCGGUGAAUUCAGGCGUCAGUGGAGAAGUAUCUUUAAAGAGAUAACGCAUGCUAGAGGGGAUGUUAAGAAGAGGUGUAAACGGGGUCUGUGCAGCUCCAACAUACUGUUACAGCAGGCAGAGUGUUCCGUCUGUAUGGAGAGAGUCAGACACUGAGGAGGGAAUGUUAGGAUUUCUGAGAGAGUCGGACACUGAGGAGGGAAUGUUAGGAUUUCUGAGAGAUUCAGACACUGAGGAGGGAAUGUUAGGAUUUCUGAGAGAUUCAGACACUGAGGAGGGAAUGUUAGGAUUUCUGAGAGAGUCGGACACUGAGGAGGGAAUGUUAGGAUUUCUGAGAGAUUCAGACACUGAGGAGGGAAUGUUAGGAUUUCUGAGAGAGUCGGACACUGAGGAGGGAAUGUUAGGAUUUCUGAGAGAUUCAGACACUGAGGAGGGAAUGUUAGGAUUUCUGAGAGAUUCAGACACUGAGGAGGGAAUGUUAGGAUUUCUGAGAGGUUCAGACCCUGAGGAGGGAAUGUUAGGCUUUCUGAGAGAUUCAGACACUGAGGAGGGAAUGUUAGGAUUUCUGAGAGAUUCAGACACUGAGGAGGGAAUGUUAGGAUUUCUGAGAGGUUCAGACCCUGAGGAGGGAAUGUUAGGCUUUCUGAGAGAGUCAGACACUGAGGAGGGAAUGUUAGGAUUUCUGAGAGAGUCAGACACUGAGGAGGGAAUGUUAGGAUUUCUGAGAGAUUCAGACACUGAGGAGGGAAUGUUAGGAUUUCUGAAAGAGUCAGACACUGAGGAGGGAAUGUUAGGAUUUCUGAGAGAUUCAGACACUGAGG